AUCAGUCUUGAAGUUAGGGCCUUCAGACUCAUGUGUCAAUCAACCUCUUUCUAUGGGACAUGCUGCAGGGGCGUCCGUUUCCAGUCUCUUCCAGUUCUUUGCCCAAACAGUGCAGUGGCUGCAGGAGCUCAGAAGAACUGCAGAUGGAAGAGGAGGCCGCUUGCCCGCUGGCCAGGCUGCUAUCUGGAGGAAAAGAAGCCGUGGCUGAGGGCACAGAAGAGGCAAAGGCCCUGAGGCAGGAACAUGCCGGGGACUUUCCAGGAAGCAAGUGUGUGGGGCUGGAGCAGAGGGAGAGGGGGCACUGAGUAGGGGACAAAGUCAGAGAGGAAAGGGAGGGAAGUGGGCAGAUGAAGCAGGGCUUUCAAUGCCACCAGGACUGUGGCUUUUACUCUGAGCGACCAGGGGAGCCAGGAAAAGGAUGUGAGCGGAGUGACCGGGGCCUACCUGUGUCCCAGUAAAAUGUACGCAUCUUCCAGGGCUGGAGGGGCUGUGAAACCUCCCUCGGGUCCUCAAAGGCGGCUAGCAAACCCCCACAAGACUAAGAACUCGUGUGGCCUGGGCUUUCCCUUUGUAAUUUUGCCACUUGUAUCUUGGCAGAACCGCCUUUAACCCUUUCCUGCCUGUUUCCGGCCUUGUAUCUGCUCCGGGAAGCCCGGGGCGGGAGACGGAUAGGCGUGGAAAGGGCAGUAACCUGCCGGGGCGCACCGAGACACUCCCUCCUCCCGCCCCCUGCACACCUUUGGCCACCUGGCGGGUGCACCUGCCGGCACACGACCUCCACAGGCCCCAAGACUUCCUUCCCCGACGCGGAGGACCUGAACCGUUCCCCCUCGCGCGGCCCGGCAGGAAGGGGCGGGCGCUGCCAGCAGGCUGUGCUGUAGCCCCACGUUGCCAUAGCGACCCCGGCCGGGCCGGGGACACCGGAGCGCGCUCUGCCGGCUGCGAUUGAGGCGGAGGCUGUGACACCUCAUCCCGCCCAGGGACUCCGAAUCCAGGCUCCGCCAGGCAGCACCCUCUGGCCCCGCUGAAGCAGCCAACAUGCCUAUCUUCAAGUGCCCACCCAAGUCACAGCCCCCGUGGAAGGAAUGGGACCAAAAGGCCCAGAAGAAUGGACUGAGACACCAGGUGUAUGCUGUCAAUGGUGACCGCUACGUGGGCGAGUGGAAGGACAACAUGAAACAUGGAAAAGGAACACAGAUCUGGAAGAAGAAAGGGGCCAUCUAUGAGGGGGACUGGAAGUUUGGGAAGCGAGAUGGCUAUGGCACCCUCAGCCUUCCUGACCAAGAGAAAGGAAAGUACCGGAGAGUAUAUUCGGGCUGGUGGAAAGGCGAUAAGAAAUCGGGCUAUGGGAUCCAGUUUUUCGGACCCAAUGAGUAUUACGAAGGUGAGUGGUGUAGCGACCAGCGCAGCGGGUGGGGCCGCAUGUACUACAGCAAUGGUGACAUCUUCGAGGGCCAAUGGUGGAACGACAAGCCGGACGGGGAGGGCAUGUACAGAGUAAAGAAUGGGAACCGCUAUGAGGGCUACUGGCAGGGAGGCUUGAAGAACGGGCCUGGGCGUUUCUUCCACCUGGACCACGGUCAGCUAUUUGAAGGCUUCUGGGUGGACAACAUAGCCAAGUGUGGCACAAUGAUUGACUUUGGCCGAGAUGAGGCUCCUGCGCCUACCCAGUUCCCCAUUCCUCAGGUCAAAAUUGUAGACCCUGAUGGUGUGCUAGAGGAAGCCUUGGCCAUGUUCAAGAAGAAAGAGGAGCCCAGUGACACAGGAACCAGGAGGUCACGAAGAGGAAAAACAAGGAGACUGAUGCCAGGUGAGGGGGUGGGCACACCUGUCACCCUCUAUGUGGGUGAGGCAGCUCCCGGAGUCUGCUUUGGGGGAGGGUUUCCUUGUCCUUUCCGGUUCCUCCCCUUCAAAACCCAUUUCACUGAAGACCAGUCCAUUCCAGUCCUGCCCAAACCCUCCCAUUUGUACCCUGGGCUUACUGGGAGGAACGCUGCUUGGAGGACUUUUUUGCCCCAGCCCUCCACUUGUCCAGUGGGCUCGUCCAGUCCUCGCUCCUCCUGCUGUGGGUAUUAGGUUCGAGGAGAGGGCACUGGUACAGUGUCUUUGAAACACCAGCUCCCACCACCCCUUCACCCCUGCAGAGACUACCAGAGCUCCAGGAGAAAGUCAAGUCCGCAUUACCCAACUGCUCAAACCGGUGGAGCUCCCACUGGAGGAGUGA